AUGAAGCCCCUCUCCAUUAUUUGUGUUUUCGCUGGUAUGGCUCUUGUCCUUGGAGCUCCCGUGCUCAUUGAGGACGGCAAGCUACAAGUUCGGUCAAGCACAUCUCUCAGUAGGAGGUUGAGCCAUGCCAUCGACGAAGGUCGCAUCAUGGGAGCCCGUGAUUCGACUGCACCGACAUUCUUCCCUGUGGAACGGUCAACAGAGGUCUCAGUGUAUAUCAAUCCCGAGCCUGUUGUAAAAGAGGCCGUCAAAUUUGUGCCAGUAGACAGGCCAAUCCCUCAACCUUACCCGGUAGAGGUCAUCGCACAUGUACCUACACCAGUAUACGUAGAUUAG